UGUCCCUGCCCUAACGUGCGUACGUGAGACGGGGAAAGAGGUGCAGAGAGGGAGAGGGACGCUGAAUCGUCUAUUGAACACGACCCGAGCAGGCACGAUGUCGAGAAACUCAAGUUCCUGGCGAACCGGCAGACUGGAGGCCCUGCUGGUACUAAGCCUGUUCCUGCUCCUCGUCCUGCAGCCGGAUCCUUGCCUCGGCUCGCCGUCCCACCGGAGCAGGCAUCACGAGCACGAGCUGCACGCCGCGCAGGAGACGUCGCACGAGGACGCCAGGAGUUCCAGGUCGAGUGAGGAGCUCCCACGACCGGCCGCCCUCGUCGGCCACUCCGACGAUCCGCUGGUGGUGCGCACCAGGAAAGGCAUGGUCCGCGGCAAAACCAUGAUCGCGACAACCGGCAAAAGCGUCGACGCCUGGUUCGGCAUUCCCUACGCCCAAAAACCCGUCGGCCCGCUGAGGUUUCGCCAUCCGCGGCCGGCCGAACGCUGGUCGGGCGUGCUGAAUGCGACCACCCUGCCGAACAGCUGCGUGCAAAUCCUGGACACGGUGUUUGGCGACUUCCCCGGCGCCACCAUGUGGAACCCAAAUACGCCAUUGAGCGAGGACUGCCUGUAUGUGAACGUGGUGGUGCCGCGGCCCAGGCCUAGGAACGCUGCUGUCAUGGUAUGGAUAUUCGGUGGUGGCUUCUAUUCCGGCUCAGCCACCCUCGACGUAUAUGACCACAAAACCCUGGUAUCGGAAGAGAACGUAAUCAUGGUGUCGAUGCAAUAUCGCGUGGCUAGUCUCGGCUUCCUGUACUUCGGCACGUCCGACGUGCCCGGUAAUGCUGGGCUCUUCGAUCAGAUGAUGGCUCUGCAAUGGGUACGCGACAACAUCGCCGCGUUCGGCGGCAAUCCUGAGAACGUGACGCUCUUCGGCGAAAGCGCGGGCGCGGUCUCCGUCUCCUUACAUCUUCUGUCCCCGCUGUCCAGGCAUUUGUUCAAUCAAGCCAUCAUGCAAUCGGGCUCAGCGACCGCGCCAUGGGCGAUAAUCUCGCGUGACGAAUCGAUCGUGCGUGGCAUCCGGCUGGCCGAAGCAGUGGGUUGCCCGCAUGAUCGCCACAAUCUGCGUGAAGCGAUCGACUGCUUGUUGACGAAGGAUGCGGAGGAACUGGUGAAGAACGAGUGGGGCACCCUCGGAAUAUGCGAGUUCCCGUUCGUGCCGGUGAUUGACGGCGCGUUCCUCGACGAGACUCCCCAACGUUCGCUCGCCACGACAUCCUUCAAGAAGACCAACAUCCUCAUGGGUUCCAACACUGAGGAAGGCUUCUACUUCAUCAUCUAUUAUCUAACGGAGUUGUUUCGCAUUGACGGUGCCGAGGACGUGAAGGUGACGCGCGAUCAGUUCAUCAGCGCCGUAUCCGAGCUGAAUCCCUACGUAAAUCAAAUUGGCCGUCACGCCAUCAUCUACGAGUACAGCGACUGGCUGCAUCCAGAGGAUCCGCACGCGAAUCGCGACGCCCUUGAUAAAAUCGUCGGCGACUACCAGUUCACUUGCAAUGUCAACGAAUUUGCCGGCCGAUACGCCGAUACCGGCCACACUGUCUAUAUGUAUUAUUACAAGCACAGAUCUAGGAACAAUCCAUGGCCGCGAUGGACCGGAGUCAUGCAUGCCGAUGAGAUAAGCUACAUCUUUGGGGAACCGCUGGACCCGUCCAAGGGCUACACGCACGAGGAGAUACAGCUCUCGAAAAGAAUGAUGAGAUACUGGGCGAACUUCGCAAAAACGGGAGAUCCGAACAUCGACGAGAGCGGUGAGCUAUCCCUGGCUUACUGGCCGUCGCACACCGCCGUCAAUAAAGAGUACCUGACCUUGGACAUCAACAGCACAGAGAUCGGCAGCGGUCCCAGGGUGAGGCAGUGCACUUUCUGGAAAAAGUAUCUGCCGCAGCUGCUCGGCGCCACGUCGAAACUGGAGGUCGGGUCCAAGGAGACGUGCGGCAGCACGAGCCUCGCCAACUCCGGCGCGACCCGGAUACUCCUGAUCUUGAGCCUGUUAUUGACCGGCCUCACUACUCUGCCUCACAUCCAGCACGACGUCAGAGGUAUCGUUUAGCUCCCGGUUGCCGCCGCCGCUGGAUCGGUGGUCGGCCGUCGAGCCGCCGUCCUAGCCCCGUCGAGCAGCAGAAGCAUCAGCAUCAGCAUCAACAUCAGCAGCAGCAGCAGCAGCAGCAGCAGCAGCAGCAGCAGCAGCAUCAGCAGCAUCGGCAUCAGCAGCGGCGGUCCGUUUCUUCCCUAAAGAAGAAGACGAACGAACGCGAACGAACGAACGGACGGACGAAACGAACGAACGAACGAUCGGGAAGAUGACGGUACCGCGCGAGAAACAGACAUAUCAAUAGUAGAAGAGUGCUCGAUCGCCGGGGGAUCGACGAUGAAUAAAAGAAAAAAAAAUACACGCCCGCCUAUGAGAGAGAUCUCGGUCGGAAAUUAUGGGGGACGAAGAGGGGCCCCAGGGGCCCGGGGUGGAAUCGAGUUCGAGUAGUAUUCACGCGCGUAAAUAGAGAAAGGAGAGAUCUGAAAAGGAUGACAAACGACGAUCCGACGACGAUGAUGGAGGACGAUGAGAGGUAAGAAGAGAGGAAUAAAUGAGAUAUUCAAUGUAGCGAUGCACGGACGAUCGAACGGGGGACGAGACGAUGGCUCAAAACUAUCGGCGAACUACGCCGACGGUUCUAAUUGCGCUAAUUAUAGUUCCUACGAGUCACUCCGAAGUCUGAAAGCUCUUCCCCCGCCUUAAUGCCAGCGCAACAGAACGACGAGAAUUCGAAAGUCCGUUUGAACUUUCGAAGGUUCAUGUAGGUAUCUGAAAACGCGUAAUGAAAACGCGAAGAUUCGAAAAAAAAUUUCGAACGGGAGUUCGAAAAUUCAAAAAAUUCAAGAAACGCUAAAUUAAC